GUUUCUUCCACAGUCACUUGGUGGAGUGUGUAGAAAGGCAGUGACGUCAAGAUUUGAAUUACAAAGAAUCCGAUCCAAUAGCAAUCCUCUCUUCAAAAAUAUCAAAACCCGAAUCACAUUUCCUUUUUCAUUCAUAUUCACAUUCUUAUUCUUAUCGACGUUGAAUCCAACACAUUCUCAUACCACAAUUACAUUUUCUCUCUCUCCUAAAACCCUCGCCGCCGCAAUGGAAGCCAAGAAGCUUCAGCUUCGUUUCUCGCUCGGCCGGCAAUCCUCUCUAGCGCCGGAGCGCGACGGCGCAGGCGAUGUGUCGGAGGCGCUGGAUCCAACGGUUCGGUUGAUGUAUCUGGCCAACGAAGGAGACUUGGACGGGAUUGAGGAACUGCUGGACGCGGGGAGCGACGUCAAUUUCACCGACAUUGACGGCCGCACCGCACUCCACGUCGCCGCCUGCCAGGGACGCACCGACGUUGUUGAGUUGCUGCUACGACGAGGCGCUGAAGUUGAUCCGCGAGACCGUUGGGGCAGCACCCCUCUAGCUGAUGCAAUGUACUAUAAAAACCACGACGUAGUGAAGCUUUUGGAGAAACACGGUGCAAAACCUCCGAUAACUCCCAUGCAUGUGGAGAAUGCUCGAGAAGUCCCAGAGUAUGAGAUUGAUCCUUCUGAACUUGAUUUUACUAAUAGUGUUUGCAUAACAAAGGGAACUUUCCGGAUUGCAUUAUGGCGUGGAACUCGGGUUGCUGUCAAGACACUUGGGGAGGAAGUGUUCGCUGAUGAUGAUAAAGUAAGAGCAUUUCAUGAUGAGCUUACAUUGCUUGAGAAAAUAAGGCAUCCAAAUGUUGUUCAGUUUUUAGGUGCUGUAACCCAAAGCACUCCAAUGAUUAUCGUCACAGAAUAUCUACCCCAGGGGGAUCUUCGUGCCUACAUGAAGCGGAAAGGUGCAUUAAAACCAGUAACAGCUGUAAAAUUUGCACUUGAUAUUGCUAGGGGUAUGAACUAUUUGCACGAACAUAAACCUGAAGCCAUUAUACACCGAGAUCUUGAGCCUUCAAAUAUUUUGCGGGAUGAUUCUGGGCAUCUGAAAGUUGCAGACUUUGGAGUUAGCAAGUUGCUUAAAGUCGCUAAAACAGUCAAGGAAGACAAACCCGUGACAAGCCUGGAUACAUCAUGGCGAUAUGUUGCACCGGAAGUAUAUAGAAAUGAGGAAUACGACACAAAAGUGGAUGUGUUUUCUUUUGCUCUGAUAUUACAGGAGAUGAUUGAAGGUUGUCCACCGUUCUAUGAAAAACCAGAAAACGAAGUUCCUAAAGCGUAUGUUGAAAAUGAGCGCCCACCAUUUAGAGCGUUGCCAAAGCUUUACGCUUAUGGACUUAAACAGUUAAUUGAGGAAUGCUGGGAUGAAAAACCACACAGAAGGCCAACAUUUAGGCAAAUAAUUGACAGAUUGGAAGACAUAAACAGCCAUUUUGUACAAAAGAGGCGCUGGAAGAUUGGAGCUGCUGGAUGCAUCCAGCACCUGGAGGCGCUAUUUAGGGGUAAUCGCACAAGUCCAAGUAGCCGAUCAUCUCGCUCCACGGCCAGAUAAAUAUUUCCUAUCGAGAACCAACAAUUAUUUUGAUCACAGUUUCAGGAAAAAAAUUUGAUUGUGUUGUCUUAUACUUGCAUUGCAUGUCAUGUAUAACCUUCUGUAAAUAACUUGUGCUCGACGUUCGGUUGAAUAAAAAUGAAGAAUGUGACAUAUAUCCUUUAAAUUUGUCCGAAGUUAUUCUUUCUUCCUUAUAAAGAACAAUCUUCUUUUCCAAGUUUUAUCUAUUCAAAAUGUUAUUUUAAUUUUAUGCCUAUUUAUAAGAUUCUUUUUUUUCUCGAAAAGAAGCUGCUAUCAUGUCGUUGCUUGUAUUCUGAUGUGUGGGCCUCAACAGAAUUGAGAACCUGUCUGAACCCGAGGACAAUUUUUGAACCGAUUCUUGUGUCAUUUUAUUAACAUGUUUGUAGAGCCUGAGUAUUUUGAAAUUGUGUGGAUACGAAGAUUUUUGCUGCAAAAUUCGAACAAGGAGUACUGUCUUUGCAGUACAACUCGUGGCAAUAUUUUUGCUUCUAAGUUUCUUCCUCAGUAAUGAUGCUGCCUCAAAUGAUACUGAACGAUGUUGACGGAUACAAGCUACCAAUGCCAUGUGUACGACUCUGCCUAGUGUUUAGUUGAGUAACAUCUUUCUGUUUGUCUUGUUUGGUGAAUAAAAAAAGGUGAAAUAAUUUAAGGAAUAACAAACGGAGGGUCAUCAUGAGACAUAUAAUCACAUUUUAUUGUCUUCUUGUUUGGGAAUUACCAUCUUUUA